AAUUACUUUCAAACACAUAACAUUUAUAAUUUACAACAUGGCUAGACAAAGAAGAUCCGCUCCAGCUCCAAGACAACAAACUAGAUCUGCUCAUACUGCUGCUGCUCCAGCUUAUCAUGCCCCACCACCACCAGCUGCUGCUGCUGCUCACCCAGCUCAAGCUGCUCAACCAAGACAACCAGGUAUGUUUGCCCAAAUGGCCUCUACUGCUGCUGGUGUAGCUGUUGGUUCUGCUGUUGGUCACACCAUUGGUGCUGGUAUAACCGGUAUGUUUGGUGGUUCUUCUGCUGCUCCUGCUGAAGCUCCUCAACAACAAGUCGCUCCAAUUCAACAACAACAACAAUAUCAAGAACAAGCUAAGCAUUGUGAUGCCGAUGCCAGAAACUUCACCAGAUGUUUAGAAGACAACAGUGGUAACAUGCAAAUCUGUGAUUACUACUUGCAACAAUUGAAGGCUUGUCAAGAAGCUUCUAGACAAUAUUAAACAUUUUAAUAUCUAUCAUAAUAGAAAUUUAAUAGCAUAACCUAUAGGUAUAACUUACCUUUGUAUAUAUAUAUAGAAACAAAACAUAUUUAUUGAGUAAAAAUAAUAAACAUUGUUGUAUACCUAUAAAUACAAACUAAUGACGGAACAAACUGUAGCUAAAAAUAAAAUCUAUAAUCUAAGGGACAGCGACUUCAACUUCUCCUUCGUUCAAAACCAGAAUGUCACUAUUGUUGAUUUCAGGAUUUAUAGAGGAAUAAACGUAUUUGUCAUGAUUGACAGAUUUUCCUUUGCCCCUUGCGAAACCUGGGGGAUAACGAGCAUCGACCGGUUUACUGCCACGAUCUUCAAUCAAUUCAACAGCGUCAUCCACUGACACACCAGCAUGGACAACAUUGGCAGAAUUGGCCUCAACUUUAAUGGAAGAACUUUGUUCCUUGGAGAACAUUUCACGUUCAAAUGACUUUAACUUCUCAUGAGCAAUGUCUUGAUUAACGGCAUCAGCAGUUAAUGGAGGUGCUUUGGGGGUAGCCUCCUUAGGGAUGAAGUCAUACUUGAACUCCCAUUCGUUGAUUGACGUUUGGGAUGGAAGUCUAAAAGAAUCAAUCGAUGAUGAGUCCCCUUUCGUAGAACGAACCACGGUUGUGUGGAGUAAUCUGAAACGGUUGAUGUUGUUGCUAAAUCUGUAUGCGGAUUGUCUAAGGGAAUGUUUGUACAUAAUAAGAUUAUUUUAUAGUAAAUGGAAUAUGGGGAGAAAAUGAAUA